CUACGCGCCGUGGUGUCCUGCCUGCCAGAACUUACAGCCCGAGUGGGAGAAGUUUGCGGAGUGGGGAGAGGACCUGGAGGUGAACAUUGCGAAGGUGGAUGUGACGGAGCAGCCGGGACUAAGUGGACGAUUUAUAAUCACAGCUCUUCCCACCAUCUAUCAUUGUAAAGAUGGAGAGUUCAGGAGAUACCAAGGUGCAAGGACUAAAACUGAUUUCAUCAAUUUCAUCAGUGACCAGGAGUGGAAAUCCAUUGAACCUGUUUCCUCAUGGUUUGGUCCUUCCUCUUUCCUGAUGAGCAGCAUGUCAGCUUUGUUCCAGUUGUCCAUGUGGAUCAGGCAUGGCCAUGGAUAUUUAACAGAAAAUCUUGGAAUACCAGUCUGGGGCUCCUAUGCUAUUUUUGGCUUGGCAACUCUGUUCUCAGGACUGAUAUUGGGACUUAUGAUGGUGUUCCUGGCAGACUGCCUCUGCCCCUCCAAAAGGCACAGACCCUCGCAGUACCCUCAGUCAAGAAAACUAGCUCCAGAGUCAGCUCAGCUGCUGAAAAAGCUGGAUGAAGAACAAGAAGCAGAUGAAGAAGAUGUCUCAGAUGAUGAAACAGAGGGGAAAGAGGUGUCCAACAGAGACUCAUCUCCAAGUGCUGUAAGGCAGCGCCCAGUGAACGCUGCUGCCACGCUGGAUAAAUCCUAG